UUGAUAUUUGACUGGUUUUUGUAAUUGAAUUUAAGUGCAGUUGUUUUCAGUUUUUAAAUGAUCUUUUUUUUCCAGGCCGCUUAUUUUUUAAAGUUAUUUGAAAAUCGAUUGUGUUUUCAUAAUGAACGAAUUAUAUUAACUCUUGAGGCAUUCCUAAUCGUAAACAAGAGUUCUGCUACAGCGCGAAUUGCUGGCGAAUCGUGUGAAUCAUUUUUCAAGGAUAUUUGUGUCAUUUGUGUUAUAUUCGCCUUAUUUUUUCCACUGUGAUGUACUGUUCAGCACAUUAAGGAGCUUCGUUAUAGUUUCAAGCUCACGGGUCAUCAAAAAGUAUGAUUCUAUCCCGUUUAAAACCGGCUGGCAAAAAGAAGAAGGAAGAAGAGGAAAAACGCAAGAAGCAACUACCGAAGCUUGAAGAGUUCCUGGCCAACCGCGACUACACAGGCGCGAUAACAUUGCUAGAGUUCCAUCGUAACUCUGAGCAGGGCAGCAGCGAUGUGGAUCAGUGGAUCGCCUACUGCGCCUUCCACAACGGCGACUACAAGCGGGCCGCCCAGGAGUACGAACAGAUUACCAAGAAGGAGAAGAAAGUGAAGCCGGAGCUAUGGCUGAACCUGGCCGUGUGCUACUUCUACCUGGGCAUGUACCAGGAGGCCAAGGAGACGGCCGAGAAAGGCCCCAAGGCGAGCAACCUGAAGUCGCGGCUGCAGUUCCACCUGGCGCAGAAGUUUAACGACGAGAAGGAGCUGAUGACGUUCCACCAGCAGCUGAAGGACGUGAUCGAGGACCAGCUGUGUCUGGCGUCGAUCCACUACCUGCGCAGCCACUACCAGGAGGCCAUCGACAUCUACAAGCGCAUCCUGCUCGACAACAGGGAGCACCUGGCGCUGAACGUGUACGUGGCCAUGUGCUACUACAAGCUGGACUACUACGACGUGUCCCAGGAGGUGCUGGCCGUCUACCUGCAGCAUUUUCCCGACUCGGCCAUCGCCAUCAACCUGCGGGCCUGCAACCACUUCCGGCUGUACAACGGAAAGGCCGCCGAACAGGAGCUGAAGUCGCUGCAGGACCAGACGAGCGCCGGCUUCACGUUCGGCCAGGACCUGAUCCGGCACAACCUGGUGGUGUUCCGCUCGGGCGAGGGCGCCCUCUCCGUGCUGCCAGAUCUGGUGGACGUCAUACCGGAGGCGCGACUCAACCUGGUCAUCUACUAUCUCAAACAGGAUGAGCUGCAGGAGUCGUACAACCUGAUCAAAGACCUGGAGCCCACCGUGCCGCAGGAGUACAUCCUGAAAGGCGUGGUCAACGCUGCCAUGGGACAGGAGACGGGCUCGCGGGACUACCUGAAGGUGGCUCAGCAGUACUUUCAGCUGGUGGGCGGCUCGGCCUCCGAGUGUGACACCAUCCCCGGACGGCAGUGCAUGGCGUCGACGUUUUUCCUGAUGAAGCAGUUCGAGGACGUGCUGCUCUAUCUCAGCUCCGUGAAGACGUAUUUCCCUAAUGACGACGCCUUCAACUUCAACUAUGCACAGGCCAAGGCGGCGACCGGCGCGUACGCCGAGGCGGAGGAGACGUUCCUGCUAAUUCAGAGCGAGAAGGUGCGCAGCGACUACGUCUACCUCUCGUGGCUGGCGCGCUGCUACAUAAUGAACAGGAAGGCGCGCCUGGCCUGGGAGCUGUACCUGAAGAUGGAGACGUCGGCCGAGUCCUUCUCCCUGCUGCAGGUCAUCGCCAACGACUGCUACAAGAUGGGACAGUUCUACUACUCCGCCAAGGCCUUUGACGUGCUCGAAAGGCUGGAUCCGAACCCCGAGUACUGGGAGGGCAAACGGGGUGCCUGCAUCGGCCUCUUCCAGAUGAUCAUCGCCAACUUGGAGCCCAAAGAAAGUCUCGGUGAUAUUCUUGCCCUGCUGAGGAACACGCCCAACCCUCAAGUGGAGCCCAUCAUCGGAGUAAUGAAGCAAUGGGCAAAGGACAACCGAAUUCCGCUUUAGUGGGCACUGCCCAACGCUGACUAAGAAAGACGUGGACGCGCGCUGUCAACUGGCCGGAUCGGAGGUUUAACGCUGGGCCGCUGUGCGAGCCCACGCCACUGCGAGAACUGUGCACCGGCCUGCCUGUUAUUCGCUGCACUCCCUGUCAGCGCCACCAAACGCCUUGCCCGUCAAAGGCCGGUCGGGCGGUCGCGUCUGCCUCAGUGAUCUCAAGAUGAACGCGGAAUGGCAUCUGAAACCCAUGAGCCGGCGUUCUGAAGCAGGGCUGUUACAAGAUUUUCCUGUCAGUGCUGACAAUGCGACAUCAGUCGGCUGGCCUGCACAUGCAGUGAAUGUGUUGAUGCAUAUUAUCAUCGAUAUGCCAUAUUACAGGCACUAUCUGCCAUCGAAUAUAUAGGCGUGUGUAACGCUAUAGCGCACGACAGACCCGAAUUUGCCGGCUAUGUCAAUGACUAUCAGCUGUCUCGUAUUGAUGGUAGUUUGCACGGCUGCCGAACUGAUCAGCUGUUUUUGUGAUCGAGCAGUGAUAUAUAUUAAUCAGUCAUUAAAGUAGACAAUCUGUAUCAUCGAUAAUCAGUUGUCGGUCAUGUUGAUGCACCUUUUGCUGUUAGCUUGUCUUUUCCAUUGGUGACGAUGCCACCAUGCACUGCGUUUUUGUUUUGCCGUAUCCAGGCUUUGAAUAAUGUUCCUCGUAAGAGAGUGUAGACACAUUUAAAAUGCUACUGGCUGCUGGCUGACACACAGCAAUGUCCUCGCGUUACAGUGCAUCUGGUAAUACAUGGACACGACGGUAA